CACCUCCAAUCCUCCCCCUUCCUCUGUACCUCCCCCUCUCUCCCACAACCCUCCUCCCCUGUCUCUUCCUCCCCCUCUCUCCCCUACUCCAGUGUCUCCUGCUCCUCUGCUUUCUCCGCAGCCGACUGUCUCCUCUGAUCUUACUCCCUCCUUAACUCCUCUUCCCGCUCCAUUGUUGCCAGCAAUCCCAUCCUCCUCCUCCUCCACCUCAUCUCCUCCUCCUCCUCCUGUUAUCCCACCAUCACCUCAAACUCCUUCAUUGCUGAGUCUUAUUGAUCGGAUGGUUGGGAGCGUCUCCGUAUGGCAGCCAAAAGGACUCAGCCAGGACCAAACCACAAGUAUAAUGGAGAAAGAGAUGGCUGGGGCGUUCCUGGUUCACGGCACAGAGGACAAGGCCACGAAGCUGUCAGUACGGCUGCCUGAUGAACAGGGGGCGCCGUCCGUACGUGACCUGAUGGUCAAACAACACAAGACAUUUUUCCACUUAGAUGGUUCCUCUCUGGUGUUUGAUGACAUCUUCAAAUUGAUCUCGUUCUACAGUGUCAGCAGGGACAUUCUCGCCAUCCCACUGAGGUUACCCCGCGCUAUUACCACGGCAACUAAGAGAGAGGAGCUGGAGGUCAUCUCUGCUAUGGGUGCAGAUUUCUGGACGUCCGAUCUGAACCAGCAGGCGAAGGACCAGGACCGGGCUUUGGAUCAGAACCAAAACAGACUGUACAUGUAUGUCAACCCAGUCACUGUGGAGCAGAGCGCCGACAAACACCUGAACCAACCUUCUAUCUCCAAACUUGAUAACGUCACCCCUCCGAACCUUACCUCUGCCCUGCAGAAUGGAGAAGUCCCACAGAAGAUCAGCACAGAAGUCAAAGGUCACGCCAAAACCCCGCCCACCCAGGACAUUAAAUACAAGCGCCCCCCACCCCGACCUCCGAGCCUGGGCUCAGGAUCUGGGAUGGGCCUCCUCUUCUCCUCUCCUCCCUCGCCUCAAAAUUUACCUACAGCAGCUGAGAGAAAAGAGGAAGGAAGGGGAGGUGCAGGGGAGAGAGAAGAGAGGAAGUCAAUGUCAACAUCACUCACUCCAUCGAGGCCUCCUGUCCCCCUGCAGAGCCGAACUGCUCCCCCGCUGCCUCCAGCUCCCCUCCGUCGCACCUCAUCCAGGAGAAGCACUGACCGAGAGGUGGGAGAGGGGACGGAGAGAGAGAAGGGACAAAAUCCUGCAAAGAGAACUGAGAGAGGGGGAGGAGAGAGAGGCGAGGAGAAAACAGGAAGUAAAUCAGGUCAGCUGGAUGAAGGGGUUGAACAAGAGAACAGCAGCCAGCCUCAAGAGAGUGAGGUAAAAAAGGACAGCGAAAAGACAGAGAGAGAGGUCGAGAAGGAGGAAAAAGAGGUGAAAAUGGAUAAAGAGGAGGAUAAACAAAAUUCCAGCUCCCACUGUGCGCCAUUAGCGAAGAAACCGUCCCGUCCAGUCCCUCCGCCGAGGAAGAAACAAUGUUCCCCAGACUCACCUGUGAGCCCCAACCAGGCAGGAGGAGGACUAGCCAAUCAGACUGCUGGGAUGAGAGGGCCCCCUCCCUCCCCGGCGAGGCGUCCAGAUGUGUCUCUGUACUCGCCGCAGGGGGGUAAUGUACUGGUGACCGAUCCCGACUCCUGCUCUACCAGCAGCACAGAGGAAGAAGGAGAGCCGAACCAGGAACUGGAGCAAAACGCCAAUCGCCCUGCAGAGAGCCGCAGCCCCAAGGCAGCAGUGAGGAGAACCCCCACCACCGUUAUGUUGGACCGAGCCCGCUACCGCCUGUCCACCGUCAUCACCGGCCUCAUCAGCCACGAGCGCCGCCUCACACAGCGCAUCGUGGAGCUGGCCAGGGACCCUCUGAGCUACUUUGGGAACCUGGUAAAAGAGCACCGGGCAUUCACCUUGGAGACCAUGUCGAAGCACUCCACCUCCACGGAGCUGUUACAGGAGAUCAGGCAGAUGAUCACCCAGCUGAAGAGUUACCUGCUGCAGAGCACGGAGCUGCAAGCUAUGCUGGAGCCACAGCAUCAGUACACACAAGACAAAAUGGAGAACAUAGUAGAAGCUGCUCUGUGUAAGAGUGUACUGAAGCCACUGAGGGAGCCAAUAUACCAGAGUCUGGAGAAGCUGCACACCAACGACGGCAGCCUGAAACAGCUGGCCCAGAACCAGUCUGGCGUCCUGGGCAGCACCACCACGGCGUUGGGGGUAACCACUGCCGUCCCCGAGGCCUCUGCUAUGGAGAAGAUCAGCAUCAAACUGAACAACCUACAUCUGGAGUAUUCUCCCCAGAAAAAGAUCGAGCUCAUGCUGAAGGCCUGCAAGCUCAUCUACGACUCCAUGUCUGUCAGCAGUCCAGGGCGGGCCCAUGGCGCUGAUGACUUCCUGCCUGUAAUGAUGUAUGUCCUGGCUAGAUCCAAUCUGUCCGCUCUGCAGCUGGACGUUGAAUACAUGAUGGAGUUGAUGGACCCAUCGUUGGCACUAGGAGAAGGUUCCUAUUAUCUGACCACCACCUACGGCGCUCUGGAGCACAUCAAGACUUUUGACCAGCAGAGGUCAGCAACACGGCAGCUCAGCAGAGAGGUCCAGGACUCCAUCCACCGCUGGGAGAGACGACGCACGCUCAACCAGGAACGCAUGUCCCAAGGAUCUGUGCGGGACUUUCUGACAGUGUGUUGUCCAGAGAUUGGAGCCAGUCCAAAAACUCUGGGUGUCCUCCCCACCACCACGAUGCAGCAGCUAGCUGAGCAGUGUGCGGCACGCUUUGAACAAGACUCCUAUAUGCUCAGUGUGUAUAUGGAUGGUGUUCACCAGACGCUGGCUCCCACAGAGCUGGCCCUCAGUGUGAAGAACGGUUCCCAACCCGGAGCCUACUGCUUCAUCUAUCACCCUAUCGACCAACCCGUCGAGCAGCAGCCCCAGCCCGGACGCAGCUGCCCCAAUGACCCUCCUCCAGCUCCCCCUGCAGAGAGCUUUUUUCCGGCCGACUUUGCAGCUGGUGACGCUGUGGAGCCAGAGGCGGAGGAGGAGGAGGAGGAGGAGAGUCUGAUUAGCUUGUAGCCGCUCCAGCAUCACAGUGGCAGCUGCUGUAUUGCUACGGUAACUACAGUGUGGCGACGGCAUUAGUAUGGACAGCGUUGUUAUCUCAGGUCUCACUUGAAAUGUUGAUCUAAGUGAACUGAAAUGAUUUUUUCGUGCAUCACCAAACAGAGCAGCAGCUGACUAAAAUGACACAAAGACCAAAGAGAUAAAUGACUGAUUUUGUAUCUUAACAUGGGGUCUGGAACCCCAGGGACUGCAGGAGGAAAUUAUUUUAUAGAAUGUAAAAAUGCAUGUUAUUCUAACAUGCGCAUAUAUGAUCAUGUUUAUACUGUUUAUACUCUAUGAUACUCGAUGCUACUCUCUAUUACGCUCAAGACUGUCUACAGAGGUAGACUACGUUACUGAUUAUUGGCUGAGAAAUUGGUUCUGUUAUUUCUGUUGUGGGGGGGGGGGUUACAGUAGCAACUUUAUGUACAAAAACUUUGAAUUGCAUUCCAAAAUAUCCAAAAGGCAUUAUGAAGUUUCAUUCCACAUGUGUCUGUAUACUAAUACGGAGUAAAUUGUAAAUAAAUUGGCUUUUACAAUUUGCCAAUGCUGUUUCUUGU